AUGACAGGAAGCAACUUUCACGACUUGGCAGAGAUUCUGCGCGAGGCGGCACUGCAAGAAGCCGCGAACCGGACAAAGCAGCGCUCACAACUCAUCGCAUCUGUCACAGCAGCGGGCUCGGAUCAACUCGAGCUUGACGCGCAAAGCGAGGCCAAAGCAGACGAGUUGCUGGCGGUAUACGAGGAUGAAAAAGCCAAGAACGAUGCGCUCGCAAAGUCGCUAGACAAGAGACUCGAGGAGCUGGCCAGGACCGGCGCGGGCAGAACCGAUGGGAAGACCGAUGAUGACCAGCGCAGGUUGGAACUCGAGUGGCAACAACUCGACUUUGCCAUAUCGGCGCUGGAAAAAGAGAACAAGCAAGCACCGGCUCUGGAGUCGGCGACGGUGCUCGACGUUCGCACUCGCAGCGAGCUGCACGAUCUCAACACACAGUACGCGUCGGCUCUUGACAUGCUCAAAGCGGAGCUUGGGGCGGAACGCGAGGCACUUGCGCGCGAGAAGCAGCUGCGUGCCGAUUUGGAUGUGGUGCAGGUGGGGCUCACCAGGCGUCUUGCGCAGCUGCAGCGUAAACGGACGCAGGAUCUCACCUCGGAAUCUGCCUUACGCGAUUUGUCGCGCAAGUUCCGACGCGAGGAGCACGUGUUCAAGGAGCUACUCGCCCAACUCAUCGAUAUGGGCAGUGCCCUGUUCGGUGCGGACAACCGCAAGGUGGUGACGUUGCGCCAUUACCUGGACGAGUUUAUGAACCAGGCUUGGGACCAUCCCUUAGAUCCGUGGGUGAGCGCAUCUAAGCUCGCACUCCGACGCACCGGCGGCGAGGUCGACGAUGCAAUCAUCGAGCUCUUCCUGCGCGCCAACAUUGUCGUCGCACACCCCAAAGACGCACGUCGCUGGAGACUCGUUGCCUUCCACAAACCCACCAGAUCGUCAUCGUGA